AUGGACAGACCAAACACGUCCUAUGAUCCAAACAGCUCGAAUUCAUUGGAGAAGAAGGUGAUUCUCUCCUCAUCUCCUGGGGCUGCCAAGUGUGGUAAGGUUCCACUCAAACGCCCAGAUCUCAUCGAAUCCAGUCCCAUUCCAUUCACGUCUUGGCCAAGUCACGUAUGGCCUAUUGAUGAUGCAGAUCAGUGCCCGUCUUUGAUGUCCAAGUGUCAGGCGCUCAGAUCUGGCGUCAUCACUUUCCAUUGGCACGGGCUUCACGGAUAUGCAUCCACACCCCCGGAGCAAGGCGCGAGAUUCGCGGAGAAUACAUACUAA